UCGUCAUUGUGUUUGUGUUGAAUAAGCCUGAUAACGUUAAGUUCAGCUCGACUAAAAUGUCGUUUCCCACACAUUAGGGAUGCGUGAAUCCAUUACAAAAGACUAGGCAGUAACUUAACGUCUUCCUUUUUGUUUUGUUGUAAGUAUGGUGACUGAUAAGGCAGCCAACGUUUACCAAAGCUAGCUAACGUUAGCAGGGCCAGUAACGCGUCAAUGUUAGCUGACAACAGCUAACGUCAGCAUUCACAGCACAGCUUUAGCAAGGCAGAAUACUAUUUGCAUGUCAAGUAAUACGGUUUUUGCACACUGUUCAUCAUAACAGGGUGAUCCGCGUGGCAGCAAGAUGCCUAUCCGAGCAUAUUGCACGAUUUGCUCCGAUUUCUUCGAUCACUCCAAAGAUGUUGCUGCCAUCCACUGCGGACACACGUUCCACUAUGAAUGUCUUCUCCAGUGGUUUCAGACAGCCCCCACGAAAACCUGUCCACAGUGUAGAAAACAGGUCAGCACCAGACACAUUAUCAACAAGCUGUACUUCGACAUUGGUGAAGAGCAGGAGGGCACAAAGGACCCCGAAAGCUUGCAGAAUGAGCUUGAUCGAAUGAAGGCGCUUUUAAACACCAAAGAGCGAGACUGGCGGGACAAGCAGAAGACGGUUGACAAUUUGAAAGUCACUGUGGACAAGCAGAGGACAGACCUGGACAGUGUGCGGAAAGAGAUUAUGGAGAAAGAGAUGCUCUGUUCCACCCUCAGAAAACAGAUGACGUACCUUGAGAAGCAACAGAAUGAAAUGCAGGCCGCCAAGGACGAAGCCCGCAGACUCAGGACCAGAGUGAAAGCCUUUGAGAGCCUGGAUGUGUUGCUGCAGGGCCAGAGAGCAGAGGUGGAGUCCAUGAUCACAGAUAUGGGGGUCAGCCAGGCGGCAGUGGAGCAGCUCUCCAUCUACUGCAUCUCGCUCAAAAAAGAGUACGAUAAUCUCAAAGGAAGCCUGAAGUCUACACAUGACAUGUGUGAAAAGCUGAAGAGAGAAGUGCUCACGUCAAACAACAAGUUACACAAAGCCACAGUGGAGGUGAAUCAGACCAAAGAGGACAUGAAAUCUCUGCAGAACGAUUUGGCCAAUGCUGACAAGGAGAUCUCUAGUCUUAAGAAGAAAGUGGAGUUCCUUCAGAGGACUCUGAGCACCCCGACGCGGACAAAUGAAGCACUCAGUCGGCUCGUCUUUGAAAGCCCGGCCCCAGUGGAGCUGAAGCAGCCUCGCCUCCACCAUCCUGCAGACAGCCAGGACAUUGACCUCAACAUGACAUACGACGUCACUACGCCAGAUGAUCUGGCCAAGAGACGGACGCAGUUCCAAUCCAAGAAGAUGCGGCUUGAUCCUCAGGCGUCGUCUGAGUCCAAACAAUACGAGAAAAGUUCAUCUGUAAGCAAGGCUCGAGACGAGGAUGGACCCCUGGAUCCUUUUUUGAGGAACUCCCUCCUCUUCAGAAAGAAGGCUUUCGGUAGCAUGUUAGACCCUCAGAGGAAGCUUGGAGCUGUGAGAACUGGUUAUGAUGGUUUAGGAGGACGUACUAAAUUCAUCCAACCUUCUCCGUUAUCAGAGAUUCGCCCGCUGAUGAAAGCUAAGAGGAAAAAGGUAACCAGGCCUCAGCCCAAGAUUGCAACUUGCCUGACUCUGGACGGCUUCCUCGAGUAACGGAUGACCUCUCCUCCCCCCGGAUGUGGAGUCUACGGUCAGGAUGCUGCAGCUGCUGUGGGAUGGACCAUGUUGGUGCCGCUCUGGCACACAGAACCAGCCUGGCAGCGGUUCUGCCACUCGGCACCAAACGGGACUCUCUGAUCGAAGCUUAAUUCAAAAGCAGUCACUGACCUCCCGCAUGACAACGGAUGCUGAGCUUUCGAGGACAUCAGCAAAUCUGCUGUACAUUUUUUUUGUUGACUUGAAUGUGGAGACUGUGUCUCGACCAGCUUUGCGUCGGAGCCUUUUCUUCUUGUUAUGUUGGUGUCUGUAUGUGUGUGAGACAAACCGACUUCUUUAGGAAGCAUUCUAAUGUCACGCUCUGUAUUAUGUCAUUGAUAGUCACUGAUAUCAUCUGUUCUCUAUACUUGCACUUAUUUAAAAUCCAUCCAACAUGUGGAUAUACCUGAGGUAUUUUUUAGUUUUACUGGUCCUGCCAGAUGUAAACCAACUGAAAUAAUAAACAAUAUUUUUUUUUAUUAAGGAUUGUGUGGGGUCUAC